ACCAACAACUGAAAGAUGAGAGCUGGAAUUUGCACCAUACAACUUCAAGCCCUUAGCAUCGAGGCCGAGACGACGGUGAAGCAAGCGGUCGGGCUAGCACGUCGACGAGGCCACUCUCACGUCACUCCGCUCCAUGUAGCUACCGCAAUGCUCGCAUCGUCCUCCGGUGUCCUUCGUAGAGCUUGUCUUCAUUGCCAUUCUCACCCUCUCCAAUGCAAAGCUCUCGAGCUUUGUUUCAACGUCGCUCUUAACCGUCUUCCUACGUCGACACCAAACCCACUUUUUGGCCCUCAAUAUCCCAAUCCUUGCCUUUCCAAUGCCUUGGUUGCCGCCUUCAAACGAGCUCAGGCACACCAACGUCGUGGCUCGAUCGAAAACCAACAACAACAACAACAACAACCGAUUCUAGCUUUGAAGAUUGAGUUGGAGCAGCUUGUUAUCUCGAUCUUGGAUGACCCAAGUGUUAGUAGAGUGAUGAGAGAAGCGGGUUUCUCGAGUACUCAAGUCAAAAACAUGGUCGAAAAAGCGGUUUCCUUAGAGGAUUACAACCAUGAAAAACACUACUUUUACGAGAAAAAAUUGAACAAUUUGCUACCCACCAAACCCAUUUCUCAUACCCAUUUCACAAAACCAUUGCUUUCAAACACUAUCCCAAAUGAAGAACUCACACAAAUCUUGGAAGAACUCUCAAGAACACAAAGAAAAAGCACCAACACAGUGAUAGUAGGUGAAAAUUUGAGCUCAAUUGAAGGCAUAAUUAGAGGAAUAAUGGAGAGAUUUGAGAAAGGAGAAGUCCCAAAUGAAUUGAAAUUCUUUGAGUUCUUAAGCCUUCCACUAUUCUCCUUAAGAAACCUUUCAAAGGAAGAGAUAGAACAAAAGCUUUUGGAGUUAAAAUGCAUAGUAAAAAGCUGUUUAGGUAAAAGGGUAAUUUUUUAUUUGGGAGAUCUCAAAUGGGUUUCAGAGUUUUGGUCAAAUUAUGAAGAAAAAACAAGUUUUUACAGCCCGGUGGAGAAGAUAAUCAUGGAGAUUCAAAGAUUAUUACUGCAUGGUAAUAAUGGUGAAAGCUAUGGUAAAUUUAGGGUUUUGGGUAUUGCAACUUUUCAGAUUUACAUGAGAUGUAAAGCUGGGAAUCCUUCUUUGGAGUCUCUUUGGUCACUUCAGCCUCUUACAGUUCCUGUUGGAAGUUUGAGUCUCAGCCUCAAAUUUGAAAGCAAAGAAUGUAACUUUCAGACCAAUUCUGUCAAGGGUUUCACUUUAUGUCGUGAACAGUACAAAGAUGAGGCAAAAAAGACUGCUGUAAUUGCCACUCAACAGGAUGAUCAAUAUGAGGAGUGGAAUAAUCAUAAAGGAAUCAACUUUCUUGAGAAAUCCUUCAAUUUUUCUCCUGAUUUGAUCUGCCACUCGUUUAUUAGCCCGAAACCGUCUCCGAAAGAGUAUCAAUUCUGGGGUUCGGACGAGGCGAACCGAAACGUUGUCGUUUCGAAUCCCGAGCUUCUCUCGAACCCUAAUUCAAGUCCGAAUUCUGCUUCUUCGAGCGAAGUUCUAAUAGAAGAGGAAGAGGAAGAAGAAGAAGAACGACGCUCGAAACUUCUUACGAAUUCGCUUAUGAAAACGAUUCCAAAUUGCUCGAAAGACAAAGCUAAUGAACUUUCAUCCAUAAUUCUCCAUUGUAGAUCAUUGAGAAGGUCAAAGAAGCAAGAAAGUUGUAGCCUUUUGUUCAUGGGAAAUGAAGAACAAAGGCAAGCCAAGGAAAGAACAGCAAGAGAAUUGGCUAAGAUCAUGUUUGGGUCACAAACAAAGUUCAUUUCCAUUGGUUUGAGCAGCUACAAACAAGAAAUUGAUGAACAUUAUGAACAAAAAAACAUCAAAAAGAGAGGAAGAAAUGAAUUGGGUUGCAAUUAUUUGCAAAGAUUUGGAGAGGAAAUCAAUGAAAAUCCUCAUAGAGUGUUCUUCAUGGAAGAUAUUGAAGAAAUUGAUUAUUGUUCUUCAAAGGGUUUGAAGGAAGCCAUUGAAAGGGGAAGAGUGAAGCUUUCAAAUGAGGAAAUUUGUUCAUUAAAAGAUGCCAUCAUCAUCAUCAAUGCUCAAAGACAAAGCGUUAAACAAGAACACGAAGAACACGAAGAACACGAAGAACGGAGGAGAUUUGUUUCAUUGGAUUUGAACAUAGCAAUUCAAGAAGGGAAUGGAGAUAGAAUUAGAUCAAUCAUGGAAUGUGUGGAUGGGAAAAUUUUAUUUUCAUAAUUAGCUUCUUAAUUUCUUCAAUAGUGUGUGGGUGACACUCUUUUUUUUUGGGAUUUUCUAGGAAUGUAAAUGUAUAAAUUAAUGCAUAUUUUUCCUCGUGGUUUGUUCGGUAUAA